GGAAGCAGCACAGUGGUGCAAGUAAGCGAGCAGGGAGCUGUCCAUCGGACUUUUCUGUCGCUUUCUCAGGUUCUCCAAUGUUGCUUUAUUUGGAAAUCCCGGAAGCUGCGGGUCUUCUGUUUCAUUGACUGACAGGAGUAGCGAGCAAGCUGCAGCACUUCUUUACCAAGGCUGGGACCAGUGUACUGGGAGAAAAAAAAACAGGGCAAACAAUAGAGGAACAAACCCAGUGUAACCAGCAUGGCAGAGAUUGAGAGCUUGGUGGAACGCCUCGAAAUGGCUGUAGUGCGACUUGAGAGCGUAUCUUCUAAAUUCCAUGAGCCAGCACUGCCAGGUGGUGAUAUAGUGAAUGGGGUUAAUGAAGAUCUGGCUCCAUGUGUGGACGCCUAUGAUGCGUUGCUGAGCGCUGCUGUGGUUGAGUAUCUGAAGAACAGCAAGGCUAUCGGUGAAGAUGUGGAGAAACAUGCUGAAAUGGUCAACGCUGCUUUCCAGGAACAGAGGGGUUUUGUGAAGUUAGCAUCUACACACCAGCAGCCACCUGAGGCAGAUCUGGCAACACUCCUAAGACCAAUUUCAGUGAAGAUCCAGGAAAUCCAGAACUUCAGGGAGAAAAACCGUGGAAGUAAGAUGUUCAACCAUCUGUCAGCCGUUAGCGAGAGUAUUCCUGCCCUCGGAUGGAUAGCCGUGGCACCCAAGCCAGGUCCUUAUGUCAAGGAGAUGAACGACGCGGCCACCUUUUAUACUAACAGGGUCUUAAAGGAUUACAAAGACAACGACAAGCGGCAUGUAGACUGGGUGAGAUCAUACCUGCAAAUCUGGACAGAAUUGCAGGCCUACAUCAAAGAGCACCACACCACUGGACUCGUCUGGAGUAAGAGCGGCCCGUUUGCUUCAGUAUCACUGGUGGCUCCCCCUGCUGAUGGUCCCUGUCCCCCUCCCCCUCCCCCUCCAGGACCACCUCCCAUCUUUGAUGCCGACCCCCCCAAAAACAGCUCAUCAACGAUGCACUCGGCUCUGUUUGCAGAGCUCAACCAAGGGGAAGCCAUUACCAGAGGGCUCAGACACGUCUUGGAUGGUCAAAAGACUCACAAGAACCCUGAGCUGCGAUCUCAGGGCGGUGUGGCCCGCCAGUCUCCCACAAAGAGCCACACUCCCAGCCCCACCUCCCCCAAAGCACCUCCACAGAAUCACUUCCCAGUGCUGGAGCUGGAGGGCAAGAAGUGGAGAGUGGAAUACCAGGACCAUGCUAACAGCCUUGUGAUCUCUGAAACCGAGCUGAAACAUGUGGUCUACGCCUUCAAGUGCAGUAACUCAACAUUGCAGAUAAAAGGCAAAAUCAAUUCCAUUAUAGUUGACAAUUGUAAAAAGCUUGGCCUGGUGUUUGACAAUGUGGUUGGCAUUGUGGAAGUCAUCAAUUCCAGAGACAUUCAAAUCCAGGUAAUGGGGAAAGUGCCAACCAUUUCAGUCAACAAAACUGAAGGCUGUCACAUAUACCUCAGUGAAGAGUCUUUACACUGUGAAAUUGUGAGUGCCAAGACUUCAGAAGUUAACAUUUUGGUUCCACAGGACGGUGAUUAUAAAGAAUUCCCUGUUCCUGAACAGUACAAGACAGUAUGGGAUGGGUCAAAAUUGGUCACAGAACCUACCGAGAUGGCUGGCUAAAUUCACAAUGUAUUAUUGCAACACAAAUGUUUUAAAUGUUCAUACGAAAAUCUAAACGGUAAGGAUACCGUAGCUAAGUAGUUCUGUGUAUUAUAAGUCUGGUUUCAAUGAUUCCUCGGUUUCCUAUCAUUUAAAUGUAUUUUUAUCAUAUAUGAACAAACUAUUGCAUUUAUGGCUUAGUCAUGGAUGUCACAGUAAUCAUUAAGAGACACAGGAUACACUCAAGUGUAUCUGAUGUGUUUUAAGACUCUUUAAAUGAAGAUACGGUACAUUUUAAAAGAUAGUUUGGCAAAAUAAUCACACCUAAGGCUCAGUAGAUGCAAUUUAAUAAGUCAUUUCAAGAUGUUGUAGAGGACUAAUAAGUAAGGCUGAUUUAUGUUGUAAUUCAGCAUUAAAUAAAUUAAAAAGAGCAUUCCAACAAAGUGUAUUACACAUGACAAUUAAUUAGUUGAGGAGGCCGUUAAAAAGCCUAGCACCUAUGCAUAGUAGUUACAUAUUGGGGCCCAGAAAAUCUAAAUCAAGACUAAAACUAAUCACCCUGUUUUGCAACUGAAAGGGAAAGAUCGAGGAAAUGUUUUCUGUUGAAAGAAAGUAGGGCAACUGUGUCCCGAUAGGGUUAUAUGCGAGCAAUGUGUCCAAUAUGGAUAUGAUGCCUUGUGUAAAGCAAGUUGUCUUGGAACAGCAGAAACAGUUUGCAGGUCUUCCUGAGGAAGGGAGCCUGUUCCAUAUUAUGAGAAUGCUCUUUGAAAAGACCUCUGGUGACCAGUCCAGUAAAAUGGUACCCUUGAACAACAGAAAGGUAGUCACUCGUUUUGGUUUUAUAAGUUUGGAUAAACCUUUAGGGAGCUCACAGUAUAAAAUGUGCAUGCACAACAACCUGGCUCCACCUUUACCUGCAUUUUUAAAGAUUAGUUUUGUGUACUGUGUCAUUAUGGAGGAAAUAAUGGUUAACACAUUAUUUCAUUUACAAUACUUCUCCAAUGAAAAUAAUUUUAAUAUUAGUUUUGUGUAGAUAACGUGCCAUAUUUACCAUUGUGUUGUAUUGAGCAUUUUACCACCACCUCUAUAGCAUUGUUUAUAUUCCAGUAAUAACUUACACUACACAUGCACACACACAGUGUGAAAUCUGGUUUCCAGCACAUUGCCUUGCCAGUGUUUAAACUGCUACAUUGCAGUGUAGUUUCAGUAUACUUUAAUAAAUCCUCCAGCUUGUGUCAGAUGCUUCUCGUGUAUUUGGUCUAAUGUUACAGAAAGGCAGACGUGUCAUAUACUGCAAGUUACAGUUGGUAACCUUUGCUGAAAAAUAUAUAUUAAUAAUAAUUCAUUUUUUCUUUCAAUCUGUUGAAUCACUGGUUACCAUAUUUACUAUAGUUAGGUCUAUAGUUAUAUAAGAUUUCUAUUGUAUGUCUUAAGCACAUUGUACAUACAAACUGCAAUAUGCUUUAAAUCGCAGCUCUUAUCUAGUGAUUGCAAACUUUUGCUAGCAUAGUGUUGCAUAGUGUAGCAUUAAUCGACCAUGCAUUGUAACAGGUCAAGUGUAUCUGAUAAUAUAAAAGCACUGCAUACUCCAGUAUAGACUGACAGCAUAUGAAGCUGUUCUGACUAAAAUAUUGUCACCAGAUUUUCAAAUAAAACCAAGUCAUGAUUAAAUAAUCAAUGUGUUUGUGUGUCAAAUGUAUUUUUGCUUUUAAAGAAUAAAGAUUUGUUUUCACAAUUCUC